AUGGUCGGAAUGUACUCCUGGCUGCUCUUUGGGGCCGAUUUGAGCAUAUACCACUACCACAACCACUACCGCUACAACUACCACUUCAAAUACCACUACCACUACAACUACCACUACAAAUACCACUACCGCUACUGCUACCGCUACAUCUACCGCUACCGCUACAAAUACCACUACCACUACCGCUACCCCUACCACUACCGUUACCACUACCACUAUAACUACCGCUACAACUACAACUACAACUACCGCUACAAAUACCACUACCGCUACUGCUACCGCUACCGCCACAAAUACCACUACCCCUACCGCUUACCACUACCCAUAUACCACUGCCACAACCACUACCGCUACAACUACCACUUCAAAUACCACUACCACUACCGCUCCCGCUACAUCUACCGCUACCACUACAACUACCGCUACAAAUACCAGUACCGCUACUGCUACCGCUACAUCUACCGCUACCGCUACAAAUACCACUACCACUACCGCUACCGCUUACCACUACCCUCCCGAAACAACUACAACUACAAUUACCGCUACCUCUACAAAUACCACUACCACUACCGCUACCACUACCGUUACCACUACCACAAUAACUACCGCUACUACUACAACUACCACUACCGCUACAAACACCACUACCGCUACCGCUACAAAUACCUCUACCACUACCACUCCCGCUACCACUACCACUAUAACUCCUGCAACAACUACAACUACAACUACCGCUACCGCUACAAAUACCUCUACCACUACCACUCCCGCUACCACUAA